UUAAAGCCACGCCCAGCAUCACCAUUCCCACUACCACCGCCUAGGAAGAGAGAGAGGAUGAGAGAUGGUGGGCCUUAGCAUACUCCUCGAGGCCCAGAAGACACUGAACAAAAGCCCACAGAUCAUCAGCAAAAUUACCAUGCGAAGACCCUCCUCUCCUUCUUCCAUGAAUCCUUCAUCACCUCUCCCAGCAAUCUCCUUCCUAGACACUUGUUUCCUCUGUAAUAAGCGCCUCUCUCCUGGAACAGACAUCUACAUGUACAGGGGCGAUAGAGCGUUUUGUAGCGUGGAGUGUAGAUGCAGACAGAUUUUUAUGGACGAGGAGAGUGUUAUAAAAGAGAACUGUUCUGCCGCGGCUGCUGCUGCUGCUGGCGCUACUGCAUCUGCUCGUCGUCGCAGCAAAGGGAGUAGGAACCGAGCAGGUGGAUUAUUUGCGUAUUGACGAUACUGCCCUUGGAUUUUGGAUGUUAUUACAAUGUUGCCCUUUUUUCCGCCUCUUGCUUCCUGGGAAGAAACCAAAAGGUGGGAUGCAGGUGCGGCCCUUGGUUUUCGUUGGGAAUCGGGACGCUUGUUUUUCCUUCUUCGGUUCAGGGUGUUAUGGUCAUUUCUGUAAACACGGGUUUUUUUGGUCAUUUUUGUAGAAUUGGGGUGAGUCGCGAUGGAUUUUGAAGUUCAUGUGGAGCUCAUGAUCGGGUGAUCCAACCGUUCAAAUGAUGGGUCCCACAUUGGGGUGGGAGAUAGUGGAGAUUGGGUGAUCAUCGUAAUCCUUUGAUAUCUCGCCUUCUUUAGAUUGAAUGUGGACUGUUCCUAUUUGAUAUCUGUACGGUUCUGGAUUACCGAUUAGUGGA